CAUUGUUCUCAUAGGCAGUUAUUUAAGUCCAUGUAUCGACCUAGAUGUCAAGGUAAUUCAAAGCAACUACACCCUAGAAUCAAAGUUCUCUACUUCACUCACCGAAAAUGGCACCAAAUACUAGCUCUACUCCAGACCAGGCAGGUCGAUGGAUUGUGACCAAGUUUGGUGGCCCAGACGUUUUGAAAUGGGAAACCUUCGACCCUUAUUCUGAAUUAUCCGCGGAUGGAGUUAUUGUACGGAUUAUUGUAGGUGGUAUCGCCGGACCCGACAACCUUCAACGAGUCGGCGGCUACCCCAACCCACUUACAAAACACCCGGGUUUCACGCCAGGAUACGACUUCGUCGGCGAAGUUAUCGCUCUAGGUCCGUCGGUGCCAGAGAGCAGCAAGUUAGCUGUGGGAGAUCAUGUCACAUCCAUGUGUGUCGUUGGCGCUCACGCCACCCACACUGUCAUACGCUCUUCCGAACUCAUUCGCAUCGAGCGCACCGAUGAUCCGAUCAAAGUCUGCGCUCUGCCAUUGAACUACAUGACUGCCUGGGGGAUGUUAGAUCAGUGUGGGGUGAAUCUUCCCCCUGGCUCUACCAUUUUGGUCGGCUCUGUAAGUGGAGGCCUUGGAACGGCUGUCGCGGAAAUCGUUCGCGCAUUCGAUUUCAAGAUAAAGAUUAUCGGUACCUGUUCGCCAUCGAAAUUCGACUAUGUCAAAUCAUUGGGUGUAAUCCCAAUAGACCGUCAUGCUCCCGACCUCGUGGAGCAAGUCAAAGCCCUGACAAACGGCGAAGGAGUGGAUGUCGCAUACGACGCAGUAGGAAGUGACGAAAGUCUCGAAAAAAGCUAUUUGGCCACGAAGAAGGAUGUCGGACAAGUUAUAGUGACUGGCAUUAUGUCGGAGAUCGCAACAGAUGGGUCCGGUCUCCUGCAAAAGGAUAAUUUUAACGCCCACGCUACUAUCGCUACGCGGAUGCGGCCCCGGAUGAAGCACUGGAGCGUCGAUAGGGACUUUUAUCAAGUCGAUAAGCCUCUGUGGUUUAAGGGCUUUUAUGCGCUGUUGGAAAAAGUCCGCAGUGGAGAACUAAGCCCCACCAUUGCGAAGCUGUUCCGGUUGAGUGAAGGUAAAACAGCACAUGAAUACUUGGUCUCGGGUACUGCGGUGAAGGGCAAAAUGGUGUUUAUCGCUGAUGGAGAUUUAGCUGCUAAGUACGGUUUGUAGAAGGUACUCUCGGCCCCGUGGGCAAGGGUAGAGCAGCUUUGUCAUCAAGUCCAAUUUUCAUAGUUUCUAUCGGAGGUUUUUUUUUCAAUCAAUUCGAUAUUUCUCCUCUCGUCCCAAUUUGGUGGUUAGCAUCUUUAAGGGACCAUGGUCUUAGUUCCUGGUGAAGUAAG